GACCUGAAACACCAUCCCAGGGACAGCAUCACUGCGGCAAUCCACCGUUGCUGGAAUUACACUGAAGAGGAAUCAGCGAGUUUCCUCUGAACGGCUUCCGAAGGAUAACACAACAUGGCUGAGUCGAUUAUUUUUCAAUCCUACCUGAGCUGCCCCGUUUGUUCGAACACAUUAAAAGAUCCCGUUUCUCUGAGCUGUAGCCAUAACUUCUGCGCCAGCUGCCUACAGAGAUUCUGGCACGAAACUAAAACCAAGAACUGUCCCAUCUGCAGGAGAAGAUCCUCUAAAGAAAGGCUCUCAUUGAACUAUACGCUAAAGGAACUGGCUGAUUCUUUUGCUCGAACGCAGGUGUUUGGACCACCUGGGAUGGCAAGGAGAGAGGAGAACUUAUUAGUGGUCUGUAACAGGCAUCCAGAAGAUCCUAAAUACUACUGUAAAGAUGAGCAGAGAGCUGUGUGUCACAUCUGUGAGUUUAUUCUCCACCAAAAUCAUAAAGUGCUUCCAAUAGAACAGGCGAUCAAUGAGCUGAAGAUGCAGCUGAAGUCGGAUUUAAGGACUCUGCAAGACAAGAGGAACUGGAGCAUGCAGAUGGAGAAAACAUACAGUGAAAUGGGAGAACACCUAAGGAUUCAGGUGUUGAACACAGAGAGUCAGAUCAGAGCAGAGUUCAACAAGCUCCACCAGUUCCUGAAAGAGGAAGAGGAGUCCAGGCUGGCAGCUCUGAGACUGGAAGAGGAGCAGAAGGCGAAAACUAUGAGCAGCUACUUGAUGAAGAUCCAGGAGCAGAUCUCUUCUCUGACAGACACCAUCUCUGCUCUUGAAGAAGACCUGCAGAAAGAAGUCAUGCCAUUCCUCAGCAGCUAUAAAGCCACUCAGAGCAGAGCCAGGACCCAUAGGUCAGUGCCAAAUCCACAGCUGUUCCCGGGAGCUCUGAUUGAUGUGCCCAAACAUCUGGGCAACCUGUCCUACAGAGUCUGGGAGAAGAUGAAGGAGAAGGCCCACUUCAGUCCUAUUGUUCUGGACCCAAACACUGCACACCCCAGUCUUUAUCUGUCCGACGAUCUAACCAGUGUUAAAUGUGGAGUGACAUGGCAGCAGCUACCUGACAAUCCAGAGAGAAACAUCAAGUAUGCCAAUGUGUUUGGUUCUGAGGGCUUCAGCUCAGGGAAACACAGCUGGGAGGUGAAGGUGGGAGACCAUCCCGACUGGCUCAUUGGAUUGGUUAAAGAGUCUUUCGACCGAAAGGGGGAGACAUUUGCCUCCCCAAAAUUUGGAGUUUUAUGUUUGGUCCAUCGCAAUGGGAAAUACUCAAAUGGGGCUGGUAAGACUGUGAUGGUAAGGGAGAGUCUUCAGAGGAUCCGAAUCCUGCUGGACUAUGAUGGAGGGGAGGUAUCCUUCUACAACUGUGAGGACAGGAGUCUCCUCUGCACCCACAAAGACACUUUUUCUGAAAAGCUCUUACCGUACUUUUGUAUCGGAAAGGCCGGCGAGAGUAAAACGCAUGACAUUAGAAUCAGUAAAAUUUCUCCUUGAGAGGUACAGAGUGUAAGUAGGCUUUGACUGUUAACAUAUUAAAAUGUGAUAAAUAUGGAUUAGGACACAGAUAAUGUAUGCUAAAUAGGAAUAUUUAUCUGUUACGGAUACAAGGUAAAAAAUAUUAAACAUAGAAAAGAAGUACAUAACAUUACAUUUAGGAAUCAUAACAUAAAAUGUUACAAAAAAGUAACAUUUUAUAUAAAAUUUAUAUAUAGAUGAAAUUAUUACAAAUGAAGCAGCUCAAUACUGAUCUGUUUUUCAAUAUGCUAAAAUUAUUUGGCAACUGACUACUCAGGUUUAUGUCUGAUUUUUACUUUUGGAAAUGUUGGAUUUUGACCUUUCUUUCUGCAUUAACUUGCUAUGGGAACUUACCUGACAUGCUAAUCUCAUAUGAUUGUUUUUAGGUUUAUGAUUACUUUCUUUGCAAUAGUCUAUUUAAUAGUUUUAGGGAUUAUGAUUGAAAGAUGAAGUGUAAUCAGGGAUUCAGUUUGAAUCUAAUAUCAAGCUUUAAAGAUGUGUAUGCUUUCUUAUAUGUGGGAGCAAAUUUUGGAGUUUGUAUGACAUAUGUAUUUUAGCCUGUUAAAGGUAAAGUAUCUCUUUUAUGUUUGUCAGACAGUCCUCUGUACAGUAA